CCAAAAAAAAAAAAAAAAAAAAAGAAAAAAAAAACCAACCCAACCCCACACUUAGCGGAAACUUGUCAAAGAAUGCUCCUAAAGUCUGGUUUUCUCCUGCUGCUGCUGAUCAGUGCAUCCGCAUCCUACGAAGCUGAGCAGAAUGACUCUGUGAGCCCCAGGAAAGCGCGGGUGGCAGCGCAGAACUCAGCCGAGGUGGUUCGGUGCCUGAACAGUGCCCUCCAGGUGGGCUGCGGAGCCUUCGCCUGCCUGGAGAACUCCACGUGCGACACGGACGGGAUGUACGACAUCUGCAAAUCCUUCCUCUACAGCGCUGCCAAAUUCGACACUCAGGGAAAAGCUUUCGUGAAGGAGAGCCUGAAGUGCAUCGCCAACGGCGUGACAUCCAAGGUGUUCCUGGCCAUCCGCAGGUGCUCCACCUUCCAGAGGAUGAUCUCCGAGGUGCAGGAGGAGUGCUACAGCAAGCUGGACCUGUGCGGCAUCGCCCGCCGCAACCCCGAGGCCAUCACCGAGGUGGUGCAGCUCCCAAACCACUUCUCCAACCGGUAUUACAACAAGCUGGUGAGGAGCCUGCUGGAGUGCGACGAGGACACGGUGAGCACCAUCAAGGAGAGCCUGAUGGAGAAGCUGGGGCCCAACAUGGCCAGCCUGUUCCACCUGCUGCAGAGCGACCACUGCGCCCAGGGCCACCCCCGCGCCGAGCUGCUGCGCAGGAGGCUCUCGGAGCCCCAGAAGCUGAAGCUGCUCCUCAGGAACCUGCGAGGUGAGGGCUCCACGCCCGCCCACGCCAAGCGCGGCUCCGCCGAGCGCGCCUGAGCGGGCGGGGCGGGCCGAGCACGACCAAAGCCGAGGGCUCUGCUCUAGGAGUGCUGCACCCAAAGCCAGUGGACUGUCGGUGUUUUAACCCCCAGGAGCUGGGUUUAGUUCCUUAGGGCUCGUUUAGUUAGUUCAUCUUCUCUGUUCCUCUCCAACAACACUCCUGCAUGGGUCUGUGUUCGGUGUCGCGGCUUUCCCGCCAGCCAGACGGCUCUGUCUCUUCUCUUCCCCUCAAAAAAAUCUGUUAUCCCCAAAAAUCUUUGUCUUUAGCAGAUCCCUACAGUGGUUGGGCCUUCAGGCACCAAACUCCCAGCGUUUGGAGGCUGAGUUUUGUCCCAAACCGUUGUGCUGACAGCGCCCGGGCCUGGAGGUUGGGCACCGAGGGGAGGAGCUGGUCCUCUCCUGCAGGUGACAAAAGAUGCACUAAAAACUCCCCCACACCCCAAAACCACCCGUGGGAUUCACGUCAUGAAUCCGUGCUGGCCAUGGACGAACAUGGAUGUCACCUUCCUGGUCCUGUAGUGUCACCCUCAGUCCUAACCCUCCCAGCAGAGCGCUGUGAACACGUUUAAGUCAGGAUUUACCAAACUCGCUGCGUGGUUUAGUCAGCAGAGCUGGUGCAAAACGAGCUCAAAGCACCCCACAAAGCCCAAAGCAGGAGAGGGACGUGUUCCACCCUGGAAAGAGGCUGUGGCUGGAGCUGGUCAGGAGGUCCCAUAAUUGUGUGUUGUAUUUCAAAGCUCACAUCUCUGUACUGUAUUUAACUGCCUGAAGCUUUAAACCAAGCCUAACAGAAACAAAGCCUGUCUUAAGAUUAGAGUAUUAAAGGCCUUGCUCUAACUGUGGUAUAAA